AUGGCACAAGCAAACCCUCUGACUACCACGCAAACCACUAUUCAGAAGAUCACGACAUCUACCACAACAUCUACUACUCUGCCUACGACGACAACGACCACUGAACCUACCACGACAACUAAUCCCCAGCAUAAUAAAUAUCCAGACAAUCAGCCUAGCACACAAGCUACGACCACUCAAUCUACCACGACGACGACCACUCAACCUACCACGACAACCACCACUCAACCUACAACGUCAACGACAACUCAACCUACCACGACAUCGACCACUCAACCUACCACGACAUCGACCACUCAACCUAUAAUGACAACGACCACUCAACCUACCACGACAACUAAUCUCCAGCAUAACAUACCUCCAGACAAUCAGCCUAGCACACAAGCCACGACAACGGCCACUCAACCUACCACGACAUCGACCACUCAACCUACCACGACAACGACCACACAACCUACCACCGGCCACUCAACCUAUCACGACAGCGGCCACUCAGCCUACCACGACAACGACCACACAACCUACCACGACAACGACCACUCAAUCUACCACGACAACGACCACUCAAUCUACCACGACAACGACCACUCAAUCUACCACGACAACGACCACUCAACCUACCACGACAACGACCACUCAACCUACCACGACAUCGACCACUCAACCUACCACGACAUCGACCACUCAACCUACCACGACAACGACCACUCAACCUACCACGACAACGACCACUCAACCUACCACGACAACGACCACACAACCUACUACGACAACGACCACUCAACCUACCACGACAUCGACCACUCAACCUACCACGACAACGGCCACUCAACCUACCACGACAUCGACCACUCAACCUACCACGACAUCGACCACUCAACCUACCACGACAUCGACCACUCAACCUACCACGACAACGGCCACACAACCUACCACGACAUCGACCACUCAACCUACCACGACAGCGGCCACUCAACCCACCACGACAACGACCACACAACCUACCACGACAACCACCUCUCAAUCUACCACGACAGCCACCACUCAAACUACGGCACAAACUUCCACGCACCCCACUGUUGCUUCUUCCCCAGCAGUGCCUGCGACAACAUCCCCACUCGAUAUCGGUAA